AUGGAGACACCAGAAAUGCACAUGGUGCUGCAGAAUAGAGCGCCCCCAAUGUCCUGCACAAACUCAACACAACGCCCCAACUCUGGCACUCAGCGGGACCCUUCCUCAGAACUCAAACCCGAGACCAAAGGCUUAGUCACCAAUGGAGCAGUGAGAGAAAUUCAGGGGGGUUCAGGAAUGGCCCCAGGACAACUCUACACUUAUCCUGCUCGUCGCUGGAGGAAGAAGAGGAGGGCACAUCCCCCUGAGGACCCACACCUUGGCUUCACAGCUCUUAAACCAGAGCUGGAUUUGGGCCUGAAGAAGGAUGUUUUGGUGCCCCCUGAUGGCAGCAGCUUGGAGGCCUUACUGCGAGGGGAGGCUGUGGAGAAACAGCGAGGACUAUCUGACCACCGGGACGAUGACAGUCUGAAUGACUACCCUGUCAACAACAGCCGUGCCAGGAAGAGAAUCUUGGACCCCGAUGAUUUUCUGGAUGACCUGGAUGAUGAAGAUUAUGAGGAAGAUCUCCCGAAGCGCAGGAGUAAAGGCCGAGCCAAGGGUAAGGGAGUUGGCAGGAGUGCGAGAAAGAAGGCAAUGGAUGCUGCUGCCAUCGAGGACCGAGAGAAACCCUAUGCCUGUGACAAUAGAUGCAAACAAAAGCAUACCUCCAAAUCUUCUGAACGAGUCUGUGGGAAACGGUACAAGAACCGGCCAGGGCUCAGCUACCACUACGCACAUUCCCACCUGGCAGACGAAGAAGGAGAUGAUGAGAAAGACCUGGAGCCCCAGAUCCCGAUAUCGCACCGGAGGGAGGAACUGGGGCGACCUCCAGGCGACUUCAGAAAAUUAAAAGCAGCGAAGAAGGGGCCCGAUGGACUGGCACUCCCCAACAACUACUGCGACUUCUGCUUGGGCGAUUCAAGACUCAACAAGAAGACAGGCCAGUCUGAGGAGCUGGUGUCGUGCUCAGACUGUGGCCGCUCAGGACACCCUUCGUGUCUGCAGUUCACCCCGGUGAUGAUGGCAGCGGUAAAGACAUAUCGUUGGCAGUGCAUCGAGUGUAAAUGCUGCAAUCUGUGUGGAACCUCUGAGAAUGAUGACCAGCUCCUGUUCUGUGAUGACUGUGAUCGUGGUUACCACAUGUACUGCCUCACCCCACCGAUGUCGGAGCCCCCUGAAGGAAGCUGGAGCUGUCGCCUCUGCCUGGAUACACUGAAAGAAAAGGCCUCGAUUUACCAAAACCCCAACCCUCCUGCAUCCUAAUGGCCACGGUUGGAAUUGUAGAGAUCGUGUGGUAGGGAUGGGGAGGAGGUGGGGGAGAAGCGUGGCUGAGGGUGCAAUUCCAACUGGGGACAACAUGAUCUGCUCUUCCAGUUCCCCGCAGAGGCUUGUGUUUGGGAGGCAGAGAAAGACUGUGUGUGUGUGUGUGUGUGUGUGUGUGUGUGUGUGUGUGUGUGUGUGUGUGUGUGUGAGAGAGAGAGAGCAGAGAGACGGGGGUGUCUGUGCGCGUCCUAUGUGUGAGAGGUGGGUGGGUGUCAGAGUAAGUGAGAAAGAAUGUGUGUGUGUUUGUCCUGUGUGUGUGUGUGAGAGAGGAGAGAUACAGGUUGGGGUGUGUGUGUGUGUGUGAAUGAGAGAGGGAGAUGCUUGGGUGGGAGAGAGAUGGGGAGCGACAGGUGUGUGAGAGUGAGACAGACAGAAAUUGUUGGAAGGAUGUGAGUGGGAGAGGUGGGGAUGUGUGUGUGUGUCAAACACGAGAGAAUGUGUUUGAGAUAGAUUGUUGAGUGUGAGUGAGUGAGGGACAGAUGGGUAGUUAUAUAGCUUUCGAGAAGCAUUGCAAUUUUACAUUGGAAGUGGGACAGAGGGAAGGGAGGUGGGGAAGGCAGGGUGUUCAGUUCCUCAGUAGGGACGGUGAAUGACACACACUGUCAGAAAGGGGGGGUCACGCUGACACAGCCACACACUGUCAGAAAGGGCGUGGGCCACGCUGACCCAGACACACACUGUCAGAAAGGUGGGGGGUGGUGAUGAGGGGUCAUGCUGACCCAGACCUCACUAUGUCUGAGCUUGUAAAGUGCCCCCCCAGGCCUCCUCUCUUUAUUGUUCCACCAGCUACCAACACUACAUUGGAACGUAUAGGAACAGCUAGAGGCUAUUCAGCCUCAUCCUCAAGCCUAGGGGGCUGUGUGUGUGUGUAUAUGUGUGCGCGUGCACAUGAAUUUGUGUGCAUGAUAUGUUCGUGAGGGGACUGGCAUCUGUACCUGGUGAGUGCGUGCAUGCAUACCUGUUGUCUAUCUGAGAGUGUGUCUGUCUGUGUAAGUGAGAGCAUGUAUCUGUAUCUCUGUGUGUGUGUGUGUGUUUGUAUCACUGUGUGUGUGUGUUUGUAUCACUGUGUGUGUGUGUGUGUGUGUGUGUGUCUGUAUCACUGUGUGUGUGUCUGUAUCUCUAUCUCUGUGUGUGUGUGUCUGUAUCUCUAUCACUGUGUGUGUCUGUAUCACUGUGUGUGUCUGUAUCUCUGUGUAUACUGUGUGUGUGUGUGUGUGUGUCUGUAUCUCUAUCUCUGUGUGUGUCUCUGUAUCACUGUGUGUGUCUGUAUCUCUGUGUAUACUGUGUGUGCGUGACUGUAUCUCUGUUUGUGCGUGACUGUAUCUCUGUUUGUGCGUGACUGUAUCUCUGUUUGUGCGUGACUGUAUCUCUGUGUGUGCGUGACUGUAUCUCUGUGUGUGCGUGACUGUAUCUCUGUGUGUGCGUGACUGUAUCUCUGUGUGUGCGUGACUGUAUCUCUGUGUGUG